CCAAAGUGCUAGGAUUACAGGUGUAAGCCAACAUGCCUGGCCCCUUUACUUCUUCUUUUCUAUUUUGGUCACAAAACAUUUCCCUGCUGAUCACUGUAGUGUGUGUGUGGAGGGAAGUGGGGGAGGUACACUCUUAAGAAACAAAAUAGUUAACAUCUUGGCCCUAAGAUUUGUUGUAGAGAUGGAGUCUUCUCAUUCUGUUUCCCAGGCUGGUCUCGAACUCCUGGCCUCAAGCAAUCCUCUUUCCUCAGCUUCCCAAAGUACUGAGAUAGAUUACAAGUGUGAGGCACUGCACCCAGCUACAAUCUUUUAAUAGGAUAUUUUUGGGGGGGAGUGGGGGGGCAGGCUCUUUCCCAGGUGGGAGUGCAGUGGCUAGAUCUAGCUCACUGUAACCCAUACUGUUCCAGUGUAACCUGCACCAAGCCAUCCUCCCACCUCAGUCUCCUGAGUAGCUGGGAACACAAGCACAUACCACCACACCUGGCUCUAACACGACUUUGCUUUUUGCUUUUGUCAUUUUGGCUGCUGUUGUUUUUAUCUUUCAUUCAUUCAAGAUCGGAAGAUGGAGAUAAUAGGAAUCUUCUCAUCUCAAUGUGCUCUUUAGCCUCUUACUCUUAAACUGAUGCCCCUCUCAGGCCUUGAGGGAUUUGGCCUCAGGUUGCCCUGGAAGGGGUGUGAGUGAUGAGACAGGUGACUGAGAGCUGGGACGCCUGAGGCCUGCCUAGGCUGAGUCACCUAGUAUUGUUGUUGUCAUUGUUCCUGUUGAAGUCCCAGCUCAGCGUCACAGACCUUUGUGGAAGCAGCAACAGCUCCCAUCCUUCCAACCUUUCUGGAGAAGCCGUGGCCUGAUGGUGAGCCAAAUGGGCUGGAGGGGGAGAAGAGGGCGACUGGGGCGGUGGGGAGACCUGGGGCCUGGAUCAGUGCCCCUGCUCCCCAUGCCACUGCCACCUCCUCCUCCUCCUUCAUGCUGGGGAUCUGGGGGAGGGAGGAUCUCCAUCUUCUCUCUGUCCCCUGCCCCUCAUACAAGAAGCUCCCCCUCCUCAUUUUCCCCUCCCACCCCAAGGCCCCCUUGCUCAGUGCUACAGGGGACAGGGGCUCAGCCUUGCCACAGUGCUCUCCCCACCCCAGCCACCCCCCCAACACAGGCUCAACCUGCAAUGACACCUGCCUCUGCAUCUCCCUCCUGGGGAUCCCACUCUACCCCACCUCUGGCCUCGGCAACUCCCCCUCCCUCACACCAGUGCCCCCAGGACUCUCCUGGGCUGCGGGUAGGCCCUUUGAUCCCUGAACAGGAUUAUGAGCGGCUGGAGGACUGUGACCCUGAGGGGUCCCAAGACUCACCCAUCCACGGGGAGGAGCAACAACCCCUGCUUCAUGUCCCUGAAGGGCUCUGCGGCUCCUGGCAUCACAUCCAGAACCUGGACAGCUUCUUCACCAAGAUCUACAGCUACCACCAGCGGAAUGGCUUUGCCUGCAUCCUGCUGGAGGAUGUCUUCCAGUUGGGACAAUUCAUUUUCAUUGUCACCUUCACAACCUUCCUCCUUCAAUGUGUGGAUUACAAUGUUCUCUUUGCCAACCCACCAAGUAACCGUACGAGACCCGGGCCGUUCCACAGCAAAGUGACCUUGUCAGAUGCCAUCCUACCCUCAGCCCAGUGUGCUGAGAGGAUCCGCUCCAGCCCGCUGCUCGUCCUCCUCCUGGUCCUGGCUGCGGGCUUCUGGCUGGUCCAACUGCUUCGCUCAGUCUGCAACCUCUUCAGCUACUGGGACAUCCAGGUGUUUUACAGGGAGGCCCUGCACAUCCCCCCGGAGGAGCUGAGCUCGAUUCCCUGGGCAGAGGUGCAGUCCCGCCUCUUGGUGCUGCAGCAGAGCGGGGGCCUGUGCGUGCAGCCGCGGCCCCUGACGGAGCUGGACGUCCACCACCGCAUCCUGCGCUACACCAACUACCAGGUGGCGCUGGCCAACAAGGGCCUGCUGCCGGCCCGCUGCCCGCUACCCUGGGGAGGCAGUGCCGCUUUCCUCAGCCGCGGCCUGGCGCUCAAUGUCGACCUGCUGCUCUUCCGCGGUCCCUUCUCGCUCUUCCGCGGGGGCUGGGAGCUGCCGCACGCCUACAAGCGCAGCGACCAGCGGGGCGCCCUGGCAGCGCGCUGGGGGCGCACAGUGCUGCUGCUGGCCGCCCUGAACCUGGCGUUGAGCCCACUGGUGUUGGCCUGGCAGGUGCUGCACGCCUUCUAUAGCCACGUGGAGCUGCUGCGGCGCGAGCCCGGCGCGCUUGGGGCGCGCGGCUGGUCCCGCCUGGCGCGCUUGCAGCUGCGCCACUUCAACGAGCUGCCGCACGAGCUGCGCGCGCGCCUGGCGCGCGCCUACCGCCCCGCAGCCGCCUUCCUGCGCACCGCUGCGCCCCCCGCGCCCCUGCGCGCGCUGCUGGCCCGCCAGAUCGUUUUCUUCGCGGGCGCACUCUUCGCCGCGCUGCUUGUGCUCACUGUCUACGACGAGGACGUGCUGGCCGUGGAGCACGUGCUCACCGCCAUGACCGCGCUCGGGGUCACCGCCACCGUGGCCAGGUCUUUCAUUCCCGAAGAGCAGUGCCAGGGUCGUGCGCCGCAGCUUCUACUGCAGACCGCCCUGGCCCACAUGCACUACCUCCCAGAGGAGCCUGGCCCCGGUGGCAGGGACCGCGCGUACCGGCAGAUGGCGCAGCUGCUGCAGUACCGAGCGGUCUCCCUCUUGGAGGAGCUCCUGUCCCCGCUCCUCACCCCGCUGUUUCUGCUUUUCUGGUUCCGCCCUCGUGCCCUGGAGAUUAUCGACUUUUUUCAUCACUUCACUGUGGAUGUGGCUGGGGUUGGGGACAUCUGUUCCUUUGCCCUUAUGGAUGUGAAGCGCCACGGCCACCCUCAGUGGCUCUCAGCGGGACAGACUGAGGCCUCGCUGUUUCAGCGUGCGGAGGAUGGCAAGACUGAGCUUUCUUUGAUGCGGUUCUCCCUGGCGCAUCCACUCUGGCGCCCCCCAGGGCACAGCUCUAAGUUUCUUGGGCACCUCUGGGGCCGAGUACAACAAGAUGCAGCUGCCUGGGGCGCCACCUCGGCUCGCAGCCCCCCCACCCCGGGGGUGCUCAGCAAUUGCACCUCGCCCCUGCCUGAGGCCUUCCUGGCCAACCUCUUCGUGCACCCUCUCCUGCCUCCGAGGGAUCUGAGCCCGACAGCCCCCUGUCCAGCUGCAGCCACAGCCAGCCUCCUUGCCUCUAUUUCCCGAAUUGCCCAGGACCCCAGCUCUGUGUCCCCAGGAGGCACUGGGGGCCAGAAGCCGGCCCAGCUCCCAGAACUUGCUUCUGCUGAGAUGAGUCUCCAUGCCAUCUACCUGCACCAGCUUCACCAGCAGCAGCAGCAGGAGCCGUGGGGCGAGGCUGCAGCCUCCGUCCUGUCCAGGCCCUACUCCAGCCCCUCACAGCCACCCUCGCCUGAUGAGGAGAAGCCAUCCUGGUCAAGUGAUGGCUCCAGUCCUGCCUCCAGCCCCAGACAACAGUGGGGAACCCAGAGGGCCCGGAAUCUGUUCCCUGGAGGGUUUCAGGCGACAACAGACACCCAGAAGGAGCCUGACGAGGCCUCUUGCACUGACUGAGACGACUCCUCAGGGUACCCUGGCUUCUGCAGCCACAGGAGAUUGGAGGGUGGAGUGGAAGAACACAAGGAGCCAUUGCUAGAGGCCCCAUAGAUGACAGGCCCAGGUGCUUUAGUUGGGCAGCACCUGGGAGUCAGUGAGGAACUCGCCCUGAGAACAGAGAAAAGGUAGGAGAGGAGAUGCUGAUGGCAUCUGGAAACAAGUCUUAGAGAUGGUCCCCACUCGGAAGGGAUAAGGGGAGACACCCCCAACUGCAGUGUGUCCUGGAGCAGUUGCCUGGGAAGAAGUCCUCGAGUUUCCUCAAGGUAGGGGACGGAGGUCAAGGAUGAGGCCAAGCUACAUGGAAGGGUGACAGUGAGGCAGGUGGGCUUUAAGGCUGUGGAUUUGUCACACUGGCGGCUGCCAGCGCACUUUCAGUUCCCUGGGGCUUGCAGGGGAUGGGGACUUGUGAGUGGAAAGACGAGAGGGCUGAUGUUUUUGGACUUCAGCAUGGGUGUGAUGUCUGAGGAAGUGGGUGUGGCUUCCCAUCCUGUAUGAAAUAAGCAGUAAAGCUUGCUCACAGCUGUUGCACAUCUCUGUGACUCUUGUUUCUGGCAGCCCCCACUCCUGGCAGCUGAGUGCUGCACCUGCCUUCUCGAUCACCAGCCUGAGAACUGCACGGGAGAGCAGCCCAGACUGGCUGGAAACCAUGUUUUUAGAGAGCAGGGUCAAGUGGCAUGUAGGACUCUGUCAAAAGAAUGACCCCUUUCCCCCCUACAUACCCACAACUGCACAGGUUAAAACAGAAAUCUUGUCAUUUGAUAAUUGUAAUCCACGCCGGGCGCAGUGGUUCACACCUGUAAUCCCAGCACUUUGGGAGGCUGAGUCAGGUGGAUCACGAGGUUAGGAGUUCAAGACAAGCCUGGCCAAGAUGGUGAAACCCUGUCUCUACUAAAAGUACAAAAACUAGCCAGGUGCGGCGGCAGGAACCUGUAAUCCCAACUACUCGGGAGGCUGAGGCAGGAGAAUCAUUUGAACUUGGGGGCAGAGGUUGCAGUGAGCUGAGAUCAUGUCACUGCACUCCAGCCUGGGUGGCAGAGUGAGACUCCCUUUAAAAAAAAAAAAAUGUAAUCCACAUGGGCUGGGUUAGGCACUUUAGUAGUUCUUGUAACAUCUGGCACAGUCUCUUACAGUAAAUCUUCAAUAAUAAAUACUUGAUUUAGAGAUUAGAAUUUACAGGUAAGAUACUCCUGAGAGAGGUAAGGGGAAUCUAACAUUCGCCUAAGAAACAGGAAGCGGGUAGCAGUAGGCCCUGGGGUACCGCUGCUGGGAGGGGCCUUCCAGAUUUAGGCGGACCCAGGCCAGAGGCAACAGGCAUACAGAGGGAAAGAGGCGUUUUGCUCCUUCCUGGUGGAAUAAUGCUGAAUCCUUGCAGCCUCUGGACAGAUGUGGGAAGGCACCAUCUCAAGAGGGGAGGAGCGGGGCUGGUCCUGGUCGGGCGGACCUGAGUGGGGCAGCCGCUCUCCCGGAACUGGAAGGGAAAGCCAGGGGGCUCUCAGGGGCCGUUGGUGUUGGUGUCGGAGCCGGGCGGGUCGAACGCCCAGGGCACUGCGCCCCGUAGCUGCCGCUCCUGCAAGGAAAAGCUCUGGGUGCGUAUGCGGCUUGUCACCUCCUGGGUGCGCAGCGUGAGCCCAAAAAUGUCUUCGUGGUAGCGUUGCUGAUCCUGGCGGAAAAGAGCGCAGUGGAUCAGAACCCGUCGGAUACCUUAGCAGGAACCCCGCAAGCCCGGGGCCUAGUCCCCGCCUCGGGCCCGGCCCGCCCCUCCGCACCCGCAGCAAGCCGAUGACGUCGCCGGCCUCGUCCAGCUCCAUGUCGCCCUCCGUCGCCAGGAUGCGCUGCACUGUCUGCAGGACGUUGGUUGCCAUGGUGACAUCGCCGCAGACAAACAUGUGGCCCCGCUCGAGGCACAGCACGCGGUGCACCUCCGCAGCCAGCUCCGUCCUCAGGAUGUCCUGCACGUUACCAUUGCGCGCUCAGGGUCUCACACCUUGGGGUUGUCAGGUUCCCGGGAGAAGGCAGUGAGGACUCGGCCAAACACCCCGCGCUGCUGGGCGUUCUGCACCUCGUCGCGGUAGAGAUGGUCGAGUUGGGAGCAUCGGCAGCCAAACACCAAAGUCAUGGGAGUGGGCUGCAGCCCUGCAAAAAACCCCGCGCUUGGGAAGGCCCUUCUCCGAGGCACAGUGCUAGUGGGACCUCCCCACUAGCCACCCUCGCCCAGCCUGGCAGCCCAGCGUUUUGGGCUGAAGCUAUUACUUUCAUCUCCAAGAGGGUGCAGAAUGCUUUCACAGAGACCCUGCACAGCCCUGAUUUACAGAAGGAAGGGAAGCCCCGGUGAGGUGGUGGCCCCUGGUGGAGCUGCGCUAGAAUGUGAGGCUUGGGACUCAGAAUUCCAUGCCCUUUGCACUGUGUUACAUCGAAGUCCCCUUCCCUGCUCCCACUUCAUAUUUUCCCACACUUUUAACUCUCCUCCCAGUCACAGCCCUCUUCUUUUGAUUGACAGACUACCCUGGGCACCCGGUGCUCAAUCUGAACACCUUGUAGCAUCCUUAGGUCUUGGACAGAACUUGGUCAGCUCUGGCACAGUCAAGAAUCCACCUUGGGCAGUUCUUCUUUGAGUCUUAGCCCUAAUCCCUUCGAAAAUUCUAUUUUCCUUUGUCCUUAAUCCAGUCAACACCUACUAUGUGCCAGGCACCAGGAAGCCAGACACACAGGGCCCAGCCCUUGCCUUCGGUACCUGCCCUCCCCUUGGUCUCAGGAGCGUCUUUUCAGCUUUGUGGCCUCUGUUUCCUGCUCUCUCUUUCCUAUCUAUUUCCUGCCUUCCAGCCCCACCGCUCUGUCCCUAGAUUGUGUGACUCCUUGCAGUCAGUCCUUUAGUCGCCAGCCUCACCUUUGCUCUCAAUGUCAUGCAGCCGCUCCUGCCAGAAUCCCCGGAAGGGGGCAAUGCCAGUGCCUGGGCCCACCAGGAUGCAGGGCAAGCUGGGAUCAGGUGGCAGCCGGAAGGAGGGAGCCCUGGCAGGAGAGACACUCCAUCAGGUCCCCUUUGCCAUCCCUGCUCCCCCAUUCUCACCAUGCAGGGUGGGUGGAGCGAGGAGGAACCAGGCUCUCCUGAUAAAUAAGUUGAUAUUCAUGAAGUCCUUAAA